GUUAAUGACAGAAAGAAGGCUAUAAACCACCUUUUUAUGCGAAGAAGAAGAAACGGAAGGACGCAAAGAUGGCUCAGGGUUCGCAGAAGUUUAAAGCUCAGCGUCCAGGAAACAAAAAACAACAACAGAGCAAACAGAAAGGCCCGAAGAAAGGAGGGAGGAUCAUUGCACCGAAGAAGGCUCAAGUGGUUCAGCAGCAGAAGCUGAAGAAGGGUCUAGAGGUUGCCAUCAGGAACAAGAUUGAGCAGGAGGUGACCCAGAAGGCCAGCUCCUCCCUCCACAAGCCGCUGAGUGUGAUUAAAACUCCUGAGGCUAAAGGAAACCCUGGAGCAGCCCGUCCUGGAACCAGCUCCAAAUAAAACCAGCUCGCUACAGACCUGAGUCUUCUAGUUUUAUAUCACAAAUUGAUUAAAAUUACGUUUUAAUGGGUUGCAAUUAAUAUCAAAUGUUACGUGUCCUAUUGUUUUUUUUGUUUUUUUCUUUUGACUGCAAGCUGACUUCUAUGUUUUUAAGAAGUUAAUCCAAACCAUUUAGCGAUUACACUCACUGGACCAUGGAGGUUACAUCAAGCUCUUGUGGAGCUAUCACAGGAUUUUAUCUUUUCCUGCAAAGAUAAAAUCAGAAUAGACAGAGGAGACAGAUUUUUGGUGUUCUGUCAGAUUAUUCUGUAGUUAUCACUGUACAGAAAAUUGUAUUGUAAAAUGUAUAAAUGGGCUUGAUUUGUGUUGAUAAAUUGUUUUGUCAGCUUGUUUUAUAAAACUAAAGAUGAUCAGUU